AUGAAUAUUCCACACAUAGCGCCACGAACCGAACAAAGAUGGAAACCACCCCCUUCACUGUUGUACAAGCUUAACUUCGAUGCCACGGUAUUUGCUGGAAUUCAGAGAUCGGGAAUUGGAGCAGUAAUCCGAAAUUCUGCAAGUGAAGUAAUGGCGGAAAUGUUUGUCAAAGGGCCCUCGGUCAGCUGUAGUGAAGAAGCGGAGGCGUUGGCGUGUCGAAAAUCUCUUGAAUUUGCUGUGGAGUCAGGUUUUACUGAGAUGAUAAUAGAGGGUGACAAUGUUGCUAUCGUGAAAGCAGUAGCAAGCACUUCAGGCGAUCUUUCGUUGCCGAGACAUGUGUAUGAGGACAUCAAAUGUAGCAUUCAUGGUUUGCAAUUUGCUGAUAUAAGUUGUAUUAGAAGAGGGGAAACCAGGUUGCCCAUAUUUUGGCAAAAUACGCUAGAAAUGUUGAUAAUGAAUUGUAUUGGAUGGAGGAUUCUCCUCCCCCGGUUAUAG